AUGGCCGACUCGCUGUUCAAACGAGUGAACAAUGCCGUCUACAACAAUCCGCCGACCGCCAACGGCAGGACCGCUGACAUUCACAUCACCGAGCAUGGUUCUGACGUGAGUUAUCGUAUUCAGUCGGCUUGAUGUGAGAGAGGCUUCGCUAAUUCACGCGCAGUACUACUUUGCUCUCUGCGCCUUCUUUGGCUUCAUGGGUAUCGUGUUCAUGGGCAGUUCUCUGACCAAGCGUCGAACGGACCGAGUCUUCUUCUACAUUGCCGCUGGCAUCAACUUCAUCGCCAGCAUAUCGUACUACACCAUGGGGUCCAACCUGGGAAUGACGCCCAUUGCGGUCGAAUUCCAGCACCCGUGCUCGACUGGACCACGUGUUUGCGGUAAUGAGCGAGAGGUCUUUUGGGUUCGAUAUGUCGACUGGUAUAGUCCAAUGUCCCUCCCACGGGCGAGUGAAUGAAUGCAGCUGAAGAUCGAUGUCCAGGGCCAUCACCACCCCCAUGAUCCUCCUGGAAGUUCUGCUCACCUCGGGCAUGCCCGCCCCGACGAUCCUGUUCGCGAUGUUCAUGGACGAAAUAAUGAUAAUCAUGGGCCUUGUCGGAGCGGUGACGGUCACGGGUUACAAAUGGGGUUGGUCCAUCUCGCCGAGAGUUUCAAGGUGUGCGCACUGACCUCGGAUCAGGUUUCUUUGCCUUUGGCUGCGCGGCCAUGUUCUUCGUCUUCUGGAUCUUGAUCUGGCAAGGGCGCAAGUAUGCCCAGCAUCUCGGAAGCGACAUCCACAAGGCAUACAUCCUCCCCGUGGUCUGGCUUCUCAUUGUCUGGUUCUGUUAUCCCGUCUGCUGGGGCGUCAGCGAGGGCGGAAACGUAAGAUCUCACCGUGCACCAUACAUCCCGAAGCACCAACGACAAUAUGGCUAAUUUUCCCGUUCCUCAGGUCAUCGCUCCCGACUCGGAAGCCGUCUACUACGGCAUCCUCGACCUGCUCGCCAAACCCUUCUUCUCCAUCCUCACGCUCAGCCUGCACCGCAAGAUCGAUCCCGCCCGCAUGGGCCUCAAAUUCCGCGACUACGACGAGGACUUCUUCCACGGCCACUGGCGACCGGAGCGCGACAGCCACGUGCCCCAGAUCCCCCGCGACCCGGAAAAGGAAGAGCCUCCGGCGGGCGACGGCGUUCGUGGUGGGGGUUCGGGCGACGCGCAGCCCGCCGCCGCCGCCGCCAAUGGCCAGGACACUGCCGCCCCGCCGGCUCCGCCGCCUGCCAGUUCUGAGUAA